GGUUGUCGGCUUUAUUCCAGUAAACUACUCAAGAAGACGCUAUUAGACCGAAAGGGGAGGGGUGCACAAAGACUCACUGGGCCGCGUCAAUAAUAAUCGCUCUCUAUCGGUCAGAACGUGGGACGUUUCAGAAGGGAGCUCUCCAUGUGAUUGAUUCAGUGAGUUUCUUCAUCAGCGGCAGGCAAGGCAGCUGCAGUUCCCCUCAUAAACACACUCAUAUAGCCAGUGUGCAAGAAGGAGCAAGGACGUCCCUUUUCGCAAGCAAACCGGAGGUGCCAAGCGUGUGCACUUAAUAUAAUAGUCUGCCAUUGCAAGAGAACUUCAUUUCCUUGAGUCUUAUUGUCGUUUUUGAAAGAUUCCAAUCGCCGGACAGAUCUGGCAACAAAGGACUAUUUCUCCUGCUGGAGACCGCGAGGAUAAAGAAGGCAGGAAUUUAACGCCAUUAUCAUGGAUUUUGUUAUGAAGCAAGCUUUGGGAGGAGCCACCAAAGACAUGGGGAAAAUGUUGGGUGGGGAAGAGGCUGAGAAGGACCCUGAUGCGGAGAAAAAGGAGGAGGAAAGACAAGAGGCACUUCGRCAACAGGAGGAGGAGAGGAAGGCAAAAUAUGCAAAAAUGGAAUCGGAGAGAGAAAACGUCCGACAGGGCAUCAGGGAUAAGUACGGCAUCAAGAAGAAGGAGGAGAAGGAAGCCGAGGCCCAGGCUGCUUUGGAUCAGGCAGCAGAGGGGAGUCUUACCCGCCCCAAGAAGGCCGUCCCAGCCGGCUGUGGUGAUGAGGAGGAGGAAGAGGAAAGUAUCAUGGACACGGUCAUGAAAUUCCUCCCUGGUCCAUUUAUGGAUAUGUUCAAUAAAAAGUAACAGUGUUGGCGGUAUCAGAUUGUUAACCUUCCAACAUACAUAACCAAGGCCACCACCMCAACCAACCGUUCUUCACCCAUACAUCCCCGUUUCUAAGAGCCCUGGAUUGGAUCAGCGCACCAUAAUAUUUGUCCUUAACUUAAAUGAUCUGAUCUAUCCAUGUGUUACAUUGUCUUGUUUGGAAGGAAGACCACUGAUUGGUGACACCAUGACGUGAUGUAUGAACCURUGUAACAUCUGCAUAGAUCCAACACCUUAACUUAAAGACAAAAUUUGAUGCCAGGUUUUCAAGGUGUCCAGGCCUUAGAAUGUGAUCUGACAAACUAUAAUCCACCAUUUUUGUUUGUAAAUAAUAGCCUCUGGAUUAAAAUGAAUAUAUGUGAGUACCAGAAAAUAUAUAAAGAGUAUAAGCCAUAAUUUAAACAUUUAAGACAUUCUCCAAAUCAGAUAAACAUUUGAUUAGAUUUAGCUGUUUUGUUCUUGAUGAAAUUGAUACAUCCAUGUCGUUUUUAUUGGUUCUUCAUUGAUCAUUUUAAUACUGUUCUCUGUCCCAAAACAUUCAUCGGUUUUAAUGUUGAAAAUUAUACUGGUAAUUGUAACAAUGUUGUAAACCAUAAAGAAAAUGGAUCAUUCAUUCAGCAACAAAUGUUUUUCAAGCAUGCCGUUGAUAGAUUUUGUGGAGUACAGUACAUUUACAAAUUCCAUUACAUUUGGUAUGUAUAAGUGAAAUACAUUCAUAUUUAAGGCAAUAACUCUGGUUUUCAAUUUUGUUUCGAUGACACUACUAUGUACAGUAGGCUGUACAUAGACAUCCUAACUGUUCUUCCUUGAGGUGAUAGAUGUCCUCGAUAAAAAUGCUCAACAAAAAAACAAUGAUACACCUGUGCUAAAAAUAUAAACCCAUAGUUGUCGCGAACUCGAUCUGCUUGGCUCAUAAACAGUAGGACUUGUGAGAAUCAAAUCCAGAAAAUACAAUUGGACGUAGAGGGCUAUAUGUUAACUAUUCUAAUUUCCAUAUCUGUAAAUAGAUUUACUAGAUGUACUUAUAGUUUUGUCAACCACAACUAUGUUGUGAACACACUUUAUGUGAACAGACAGUGACAAUGGUGCAAUAUAUUGUUCGAAAUGAAGUUGUCCUGUGUCCGUUGGUUAACUAAAGGGAGUGCAAUCCCGAAUCAGCAAAAACAGACAAUMUUCAUUGUUAUGUGUUGAGCUUAAUACAUGUUGUGUGUUUGUGUAUAGACACAAUGUUGUCUGACUAGUAACGGCGAAGCAUAUGACUUCAGUCCGAAGUGUUUCAUUUUGCCAAGUAGGGAAAGAGGUGGAGGAUUUGUUUCAUGUAGGGUGUUUUAUCGCAUUGAUCAUUUCAACCAGUACGGGUCAUUGUCUCUCAGUGGGAUUUGGUUUGUGGUUCUUCCAUACCAUGAAUUUGUGUUCUAAACUCUACAGAGAUUGCAGGACAAGACCGUUUUUGCUAAUAACUUGAGAGGCAUGCACACACCAUAGGAAACCGUUGUCCUCCGAUAAGUUCUUCUAUAUGUUGUCAAUUUUUUUCCCCAGAGGUCAAUAUGUACAUUUCCCCAGACGUUUCUGUCAUUCAGUUGUACCACAGAACUCCAAAUGUUUAAAGUUCUUUCAUCCCUUUCCUUCAAUUUCUUAAUUUAAAAUGAAUUAAGCUGUAGUGUACAUUCCAAAUAUUUCAGACAUUCCAUAUUCCAUUCCAUUCCUAUGAAGCGCAGGCUUCAUAGGGUCUUGGACAACAAAUAUGACAAAUAUGAUUUUGUCAUUAGUAUGAAGAGAAUGGCUUUGAUGCUCUUCUGUAACUGUGGGGAUUUAUUUUCUUGUGUUGAGGUAGAUACAACACAUGACCAAGUAAAUGUCAAUAGCUAUCUAGCCUGCCAUGUACAGAAAAAAAGUCCAACAUGUAAUCAAAGAGAAAGACAAAAUGCGCUAUAGCAGCUAGCUAACUUAUAGAGUGCUGGUUAACAGAUAGAUUGUUAAGCCUUUAUUUUGGCAGUGAACAAGCUAGCUAGCUAGCUAGCUAGCAUUUGUCAAUGAUGCACAAUCCGAGUAACCGUUUGCUUUCAGUGCCAUUGUAAUUUGCUUACAAACCAAUGGAUGUUGAGUGUACUAGACAAGUAUCAAGCCGUUUACCGAUGGCAUUUGUGAAACUGCCACUGUUUAUAUCAGCCCAGUGUUGAUGCUAGUUAGAUUCAAGAUUAGCCUUUAGAAACCUGCCAAGUGUGAUUCUGGGGCCUGUAGUAGCUGUGAAAUAGAGAAGAAAAAUCUGCAUGAUGUAAAACCUAGCUACAUAGUAUGCUCUCAAACCUUCAUGCCAAUUGCCUACAAAGUUUGUAGCUAGACAUAUGAAAGACACAACAUUAAGGUCAUUUAUAGAGCACAUUCAUUGAACUUCCUGUGAUUUUUAUGUACUUGUGAACUGCCUUCAGCCUCUAAUUUAUCAAUGUGGUAAAACGUGGCUGAUUAACGACCAAUACUUGUUGAUAUUAUACAAUUAUACCACUUCUCUUUAUUAGUCAUUGGCACAUGCAUGCAUGCAUCGACAGCCUUCAAUUAAUCAUUGACAUGUUUUCUUCUAUUAAAAACCAAAGAAUAGUCUUGUUARUGAUAGACUGUCUCACCAAGUUCAUAUUUUACAUUUCUUUAUGUCAUGUUUUGUUAAUUGAAAUUCUCAGGUAUUCUAGCUUUUCUUUUGUACGUUUUUACCCAUUACAUUUUGUAGUGUUCAUGUAAUGACCACAACAUAUUUUGAAAAUGUAGUAUUUCAUUAUUAGCGACCAAGCACAUAGCAUCUUUCAUCUACGAGGAUAAUGGAUAGAUAGCAUCUGGUUUGCCCCUUGUCCAUAAAUACAAAGCUACUGUAACUGCCCAUCCCAACAAGGUUUUCCAGCAAUUUACAGUCUGAAAUUCUGUCAAAGUUCCAGAUUUGCUUCUUGGAACAUAUUGUAGAACAUUAUUCAAUUCCGAAAGUGCUCACCUUUUAACUACAAAAUGGCAUCACUGCCUUAUGGUCAUCAUCACCUAAUUACUCCACAUUGCGCAAAAAAAAAAUAGCCACUUAUUGGCCACUGCCUGAAGAAACAAGUCACAUGUCUAAUAAAAAUGUGUUAGCGAUUCUAUGGUUGCGUUUACACAGGCARCCCAAUACAAUUUUUUUCCCCCGAUAAUUGAUCUUUUGACCAAUCAGAUCAACUCUGAAAAAAAUCUGAUGUGAAGAGGUCUGAUGUGAUUGGUUAAAAGACCAAUUUGUCGAAAAAAAUAUCAGAAUUGGUCUGCCUGUGUAGAUGCAACCUAAUAUACACCAUGUCAGAUUAUAAAGUUAAACCAUAACUUUUCAAGUUAAACCAUUCUUUCAUUUCAACUCUCAAUUAACCAUCGAUAUGAUAAAAACUGCCUGACAAAAAUGCCACUUAAAAUAUUCCAUUGUUGUGACUUGAAUGUAACUGUCUGAUGUUUCUAUCGUCGCAUAGUCUUUGACUGUUUAACUGUGUUGAGAAGAUGCUUAUUCUGGUGCAGUUUUAUGUCUGUAUCAUUCCUGUUUACGUCCACUGGUGGUUGUUCUUCGAGAAAUCUGUAUCUUUUGUAUUUUUUGUAUUGUAAAAUCUUCUCACCCUUCUCUCUCUCUCUAUUUGUUGACAAUUGUAUGCAUGCUUAUGGUGUGCGAUGUAGGCAAGGUUGUUAAGAUAAUUGUUWGUGUCUUCUGUGUUGAAAAGCUCCACCUGACAGCCUCGCUGCAUGCCAUUUCAGGCUGAUCUUUUAGUCUCUGUAACAUUCCAGCCAAAAUGGAAUCACCGCACACUCUGAGAAUAAAGUGAUUUCAUAUAAUUGUUCAUUGUCUUGUGUUUCUAAUGGUUCACUGUAUAUCAUAAUUCUCAUAAAUAAUUCAAAAGCAAUGCAGUGAUAUUAUAGGGGAAUGAGGCAUACAAUAUUUUUUAGGACAGCAGAAGAAGACAAAAUUCCAAAACCUCAAUAUGAAAUUAUUCUCGUCUUAUUUGAGUAAAGCAACUACAUUACGUUUGCAGACAACAAUGUAUCACUUGUAACAGUUUUUGUCCAUUGCUGAUGUUCGUUUUCAUUUCAACAUGGCUGUUAUGCAUCUUCACGUUUACCAAGAAAUUUGACAUCUAUUCAAUAAAAGCGAAAGGGCUGUGAACAGAA